AUGGAAGAGAGCUCAGACUUUACUGUGCUGGUAACUUCAAUCCCCUACUCUCCCAAUUAGCUUUGGACUAAAGUGGAAGAUAAAAAAAAAAAAAUGGCAAAACCAAAAGCCGGGCAGAAUGCAGCUUAUGGGUCACCGGAAAGUCCAGCACCAACGUUUGAGUUGCCGAAAAAGCGCCGUACUAACAAGUAUGCUCUCUGCAGUGCAAUCUUAGCUUCCAUGUCUUCAGUUUUAUUAGGCUACGAUAUUGGAGUGAUGAGUGGAGCAGCACUGUCCAUCAAAGAGGAUCUCCAUGUAAGCGACACACAAAUAGAAAUCCUAGUUGGAACCCUCAGCAUUUACUCUCUUAUUGGAUCAGCGGCAGCUGGAAGAACCUCUGAUUGGAUCGGACGUCGCUACACCAUAGUCUUCGCGGCUGUCAUCUUCUUCAUAGGAGCCUUAAUGAUGGGUCUCGCCAUAAACUAUGCCCUCCUCAUGGUAGGCCGCUUCGUGGCUGGUAUCGGCGUUGGCUACGCUCUCAUGAUCGCUCCUGUCUACACCGCCGAGGUGUCACCCGCUUCGUUUCGAGGCUUCUUAACAUCCUUCCCCGAAGUCUUCAUCAACUUUGGAGUCUUGCUUGGCUACGUCUCCAACUACGUCUUCACUAGGCUUCCACUCCAUUUGGGCUGGCGUCUCAUGCUCGGUGUGGGAGCGAUUCCGUCGGUGUUCUUGGGGGUUUGUGUACUCACUAUGCCUGAGUCACCACGUUGGCUUGUCAUGCAGGGUCGACUCGGUGAUGCCAUACAGGUACUCAACAAGACUUCCGAUUCCAAAGAGGAGGCUGAGUUGCGACUCGCUGACAUCAAGGAGGCAGCAGGAAUUCCGGCAGAAUGCAAUGAUCCGAUCGUGGUUGUACCCAAACGGAGCCACGGUGAAGGUGUAUGGAAAGAGCUCCUCCUCCACCCCAUACCGUCCGUGCGACGUGUCUUGAUCGCAGCCGUUGGUAUUCAUUUCUUCCAACCGGCGACUGGGAUUGGUGCCGUAGUAUUGUACAGCCCACGGAUCUUCGAGAAGGCUGGGAUCACCAGUAAGAGCAAGAAGCUCGCAGCAACUGUGGCCGUUGGAUUUACGAAGACUAUCUUUGUCUUGGUGGCCACCUUCUUCGUAGACAAGUUUGGACGGCGACCUCUGCUUCUGAGCAGUGUGGGAGGGAUGACUAUCUCAUUGGUUUGUGUCGGGUUCGGGUUAACGAUGGUGGAAACCCACCUGCAUGAGAAUAUGGGGUGGGCCAUGGCGCUGUGCGUAACCAUGGUGAUGGUCUACGUGGCGUUUUAUGCGAUUGGGGUUGGGCCUGUCACGUGGGUGUAUUGCUCGGAGAUAUUCCCGUUGAGGCUGAGGGCACAGGGGUCUAGUUUCGCCGUGGCUGUGAAUCUGGUGACGGCUGGGGUGCAGGCCAUGACCUUUAUAUCGCUGUACAAAGCUAUCACCAUCGGUGGGGUCUUCUUCUUGUAUGCCGGAAUAGGAGCUCUGGCAUUUGUCUUCUUCUUUGUAUUCCUGCCGGAGACGCGUGGGAAGACCCUGGAAGAGAUGGAAGGGGUGUUUGGCAAGUUUAGCUGGAGGGCCAACUUCAACAACGACAAAGGCAAUAGCCAGGGCAUACAAGCCACAGCCCCAACCACAGCCACAGCCACAGGCACCACUGUCGGUGAUGUUCAGUUAGGCAGUAAGGCUUAGUUUGGCUGUCAAGAAAUGGAUGAAAAAGUGAAAAAAAAAUUCAACAAAUUUUGAAUUUGAGAAGAAAAAUAAACACAUGAGCCAAUCAUAAAUCAUAUCAUGAUGCAAUAAUUAUAACCGGCUCAUGGGUUUAUCUCAUUACUCAAAUUCAAUUUGUUUUUUAAUUUUCUAUUAUUUUUUAUCCAUUUCUUGACAUCCAAACUAAGCCUAAAUGAUAAGAGUUGUAAAAUAAUGAUGAUAACGAGUUAAGAGAUGGGAAAAAAUGUUUGUAACUAACGUGGUUAUAACUUAAGUUGUAACCUCUCUUUUAUGCUCAUCAGUAGGUAAGCGUUGCUCUUGCCACAUUAGGUAUUAAAUUGUCAUUUUACUUUUAGUGGAUGGAUAGUAAAAAUUGUUGAAAGUUUCUACUA